AUGGCCAGGCUGCUGGCCAGGACCUGCUGCUUCAAAGCGCUUUCUCAGGCUCCCAGAUACCCUUCUGGGCUGGUGGCUGCCAGACCCUGGAGCCACGGGCCUCUCACUGCCUACAUGCCUGAAGCCUUCCCCAGACCCAAGGACCACCAAGAUUUGUACAAGGUGUCAGUGGAGCAGAGUGACAUCUUCUGGGGAGCACUAGGAAGGAGCCGGCUCACCCCCUUCCACUCUGUCCAGGACUGUGACUUGUGCCAGGACAGAGUCUCCUGGUUCCUGGGGGGCAAGCUGAAUGUGACAGUGAAUUGUCUGGACUGUCACGUCCAUGUAGCCCCAGACAAAGUGGCCUUAAUCUGGGAGAAGGAUGAACCUGGAGAGGAGGUACGGGUGACAUACAGGGAACUGCCGGAGCUGACGUGCCGCCUGGGAAAUACCUUGAAACGGCAAGGGGUGAAGCAGGGUGACAGGGUGACAAUCUACAUGCCCCCGUGCCCAGUGGCAGUGGCUAGCAUGCUGGCCUGUGCCCGCAUCGGGGCCGUGCACGCUGUGGUGUUUGCUGGCUUCAGUGCAGAGUCUCUCGCUGACAGGAUCCAGGAUGCCCAGUCAGAGACAGUGAUUACAGUGAACCAGGGGCUAAGAGGUGGCAAGGUUAUUGAGCUAUAGAAGACAGUGGACCAGGCUGUGAAGCAGUGCCCUGGAGUGAAACGGGUUCUGGUUUCCAUGAGGACCACCAGCAAGGUUCCCAUGACAGCUCUAGAUGUGCCCCUGGAGGAGGAGAUGAUGAAGGAGGAUGCAUGCUGUGAGCCUGCUGUCAUGGACAGUGAAGACAUGUUGUUUUUUCUCUACACCUCAGGCAGUACUGGCAAACCCAAGGGCUUGGUUCAUUCCCAAGCUGGUUACUUGCUGUUUGCUGCUCUCACACACAAGUAUGUGUUCGACUACCAGGACGGGGACAUCUUUGGCUCUGUGGCAGACAUCGGCUGGAUCACGGGACACACCUAUGUGGUCUAUGGCCCUCUCUGCAAUGGUGGUACCACUGUCCUUUUUGAGAGCACUCCUGUCUAUCCUGACCCUGGCCGCUACUGGGAAACCGUACAGAGGUUAAGAAUUAACCAGUUCUAUGGGGCACCCACCGCCAUCCGCCUGCUCCUGAGAUACGGCCAUGAAUGGGUGAAGAAGUAUGACCGCUCUUCUCUUAAACUGCUUGGCUCAGUGGGGGAACCCAUCAACAAGGAGGCAUGGGAAUGGUACUUCCGUGUGGUCGGCGAGACACGAUGCCCAGUAGUGGACACUUGGUGGCAAACUGAAACAGGAGGCAUCUGUAUCUCACCCCGUCCUUCUAAUCCUGGAGCUGAAAUUCUUCCAGGCAUGGCUAUGAGACCCUUUUUUGGGAUCAGCCCCUCUAUCUUGGAUGACAAGGGAAAAGUCCUUCUGGAAAAUGAUGUCUCAGGAGCUCUUUGCAUCUCACAAGCCUGGCCCGGUAUGGCACGAACCAUUUACAAUGACCACAAGAGAUUUCUGAAAACUUACCUGACUUCUUAUCCAGGAUUUUUCUUCACUGGGGAUGGUGCAUAUCGUACCAGUGAGGGCUACUACCAGCUAACAGGACGGCUGGAUGACAUCAUUAGCAUCAGUGGACACCGGCUGGGCACUGCAGAGGUGGAGAAUGUUGUGAAUCACCACGUGGCAGUGGCAGAGUCUGCUGUCAUUGGCUACCCACAUGAGAUCAAGGGAGAAGGAGCCUAUGUGUUUGUUGUGCUGAAGAAGAAGGACAGUGGCUACACACAAGAGACUCUUGCUGCUGAGCUACAGGAGCUCAUCUCAAAGAAGAUUGCUAAGUAUGCAGCUCCAGAUUAUGUUCAGGUCACACACCAGCUGCCCAAGACACGCUCGGGUAAGAUAAUGUGUCGGGUGCUACGGAAGAUUGUGGAGGACAAGGCCAGUGAGCUUGGGGACCUAACCACCCUGGAUGACCAUGAGGCUGUGCAGCAGCUCAUAGAGGGACACAAGCACCUUGUGGAGCGGCAGAAGGGGCACUAGCUUGGCUCUGCCAGUAGCCACCUCCUCCUCCUUCACUGCAGGAAAACCAGGGCAACAUCCAGAAAAACCACUAAGCAAGUGGUGCCCAGUAAGUUCUCAGAUCACACCUCCACUGCAGUCUUGAAGUGACCUCUCCACAACACAAGAGACCCUCAAAACCUGUCUCCAUACACCCAUGUGGACAGAGAGAGAACAUGACUCAUCAUAGGCAAAAAAGUAAG